AUGUCGUUCCAGAAGCCCGAGAAAGACUUUUCAGAGGGUCCUAAGAUCCACAAGAUCCGUAUCACUCUCACCUCGCGCAAGGUCGCCUCGCUCGAAAAGGUGUGCCAGGAACUCAUCGACCGUGCCCGCAGCAAGUCGCUCAACGUCAAGGGCCCCGUCAGACUGCCCACCAAGACCUUGAAGAUCUCCACCCGUAAAACCCCUAACGGUGAGGGUAGCAAGACCUGGGAUAUGUAUGAGAUGCGUAUUCACAAGCGGUUGAUCGAUUUGCACGCCCCCACCGAAACCGUCAAGCAGAUCAUCAUCAACAUUGAGGCUGGUGUUGAGGUUGAGGUUACCAUUGCCGCAUAA